AUGAAGAAUUCUUCCCGUGUAAGCCGUCUGGUUCGAUAUCUCUUGAUGACUUUCGUGAAUUGCGGUCAAAUUCUACGGGUAGCAGAAUCCAAGCGCAGGACUUUUUUCGUUUACCGUCCUCCUCUUCAUGCAUCCGAGAUUCGAGGAUGUACAAUUUUUGAUACGUGCGCCAUUGUGAAUACUCCUGAUGUCAUGGAUCUAAGCGUUAAAAACCAUAUUCUUGUGUUGAUUCCAUUCCCAGUGUUAUCAGAACUGGAUCAUUUGAAUAAGCAUAAUGCUAAAGAGCAGUUGCGUGAGAAAGCUCGAGUAGCAAUGCGUCGACUUCGUCAAUUGCUUUCAAGCAGAUACGUUGAGCUGGAGGACUCUAAUGAUUCGAAACAAGAUGUUGAUGGGAUGGUCGCCUACAGCAAUGACGAACGCAUUCUGAAAUGUGCAUAUCGAAUCCAGACCGCAUUGCCACCUGAUAGCCAUCAUGCUGAUAAAAUCAUUUUUGUAACCGACGACUGCAAUCUCUCGCUGAAAGCAGCUGCCCAUUCUGUGAAAUGUAUGUCAUCUGAGGUGCGUUGA